AUGAGAUCCGGAAACCCGCUCCUCUCGCAUCUCCGCGCCGAGCUCAAAGAUCUUAGCAAAAAGGUCCAUUUCGAAGGCAAUGCCAAGCCAAGUAUUCCUAUCAAUUGGCGUUUUGCGGAGAGUAUCUCGGCGUUGAAGGGACUCAAAGCCACAAUGAUCAAACUCCUUGUGCACCAUGCACCCCUCUUCAUGUCACUAGCGCAGGUUCUAGAUGAGAACAGAUAUCCCACAUCUCUCGGCCCAUUGGAACCCAGAUGA